ACUCGAGAGCUUGAUGCGUAAGACUGAAGUGAAAUGCAUUUACAUGCUGAUUCGUGCCAAACGCAAUAUCACUGCUGAGGAGCGAAUAAAGAAAAUUCUCGCCGGUCAGCUCUUCACAAAAGUAAGAAAGUUAAAGCCCAAUGCACACCAACUCAUCACACCCAUACAUGGCGAUUGUGCACAACCGAACUUGGGUAUCUCCGAGGAAGAUCGAAAAAUAUUGAUUGCAAAUGUGGAUGUGGUGAUCCAUUGUGCAGCUACAAUACGUUUCAAUGAGCCACUCUUUGAUGCGCUGCUCAUCAAUGUAGUUGCAAUGAGAGAUUUAUUAGAAAUGGCAAAGGAGAUGCGGCAACUAAAAUCUUUUGUACACAUAUCAACCGCUUUCUCAAACUGUGUUCUGCCGCACAUAGAGGAGCAUGUCCAUCCGGAAAUUCUUGGUAUCAGCGCACGCAAAACACUUGAAAUUGCCACGCUGCUCGGCCCAGAGCUUACAAAUAGUUUGACUGUGAAUUUGGUGCGCAGCUUUCCCAAUACUUACACUUUUACAAAGGCGCUGGCUGAAGAGCUGAUUCUGAGUGAACGCGACAAUUUGCCAAUUUGCAUUAUGCGGCCCGGCAUUAUUACUUCUACAUACGCCGAACCAUUGCCGGGAUGGAUUGAUAACUUUUACGGGGCAGUGGGCACCUUAAUGGCCGUAGCGCGAGGUUCACUACGAGUACUAUUUGGUCAUAACCAUCAUCCCAUAUUCCUGGUGCCAGUUGACUUUUGUGCGAAUUUGAUUUUGGCAUGCGGCUACAGCACUGGACACGUGGAAGAUGUUGAUAAGAAAACGGUCCGCGAGCCCACAGUUUACAACUUUGUACCGACUGAUGGUAAUCAGAUUACCCAAGGUGAAUUAUUAAGAUAUACCGCUCGCUACGCAAAAGAACGUCCUUUUUCAAACUUACUGUGGUACCCAUUUGUGAUGGCGGUUGGUUCGGUGAGGCUGGAAAAGUUUCUGGGAAUUUUAUUGCACCUUUUACCAGCAUUUAUUCACGACAUUUGGUUGCGAUUUCAAGGCAAAAAGACGAGAACGGUUCGCAUGUUUAAAAAGCAGGAGCAAUUUCUUAGUGUAUUGAACUAUUUUAAAGCGAACUUAUGGACUUUUGAUUUGGCGAAUACUCAGCAUUUGUGGAACCGUCUCUCAACGGAGGAUCAAGUGAAUUUUGCAUUCAAUAUGUCUGCGGUAAAUUGGCAACAUUAUUUUCGAGAUAUGAUAUUCGGCUUGCGCCAGUAUUUGGUUGCUGAGGAAGACGCGACUCUACCCAAAGCUUUGAAGCGCUUGCAGAUCUUUAAGUGGGCGCAUCGUUCAAUUCUGAUUUUGUUGGCAGUGGGUCUACUACUAUGCAUUCGUGUAAUAAUUAGUUACUUUAAGUGAAAAAAUGUGUGUAAAAUUAAAAUUAAAAUUUU